UCUUCUCUCACUCACGAACCAUCUCUCUCUCUCAUCCACUUCCAUAACCAUUAACAAAUCCUUCCCAAGAAAAAAAGGGGAAAAGGAAAAGAAAAAAAAGAGCCAAAGACUGCUAAGAGAGAGGCUCUCACUCACUCCAUCACUUUUAUUUCCUUCUACAUUCUCUACCAAACCACUCCCCCCCCCCCCCCCCCCCCCCCCAAAAAAAUCCGAACUUUUUGGUCAUGGAGAUGGCCAUGGUCUCCAAGGACACCACCUGGUGGAUCUUCACCCUCCCCGCCUUUGUCGGCUUCGACAACUUGCUCGACCUUUACGUGGUCGGCUCUCUCUUGUUCGCCUUCCUCUCAGUUGGGCUCCUCGCGUGGCUCCUUUCCCCCGGCGGCCCCGCCUGGCGGGACGGUCGUGUCCGGGUUGGCCGUGUCGCCAUACAAGGCCCCAAGGGGCUCCCCAUCCUCGGGAGCCUCCUCACCCUCAGCCGCGGCCUAGCCCACCGCUCCCUCGCGGCCGCGGCCAGGACCCGCCCCGAGUGGCGCCAGCUCAUGGCCUUCAGCCUGGGGUUCACCCCCGUCGUCGUGGCCUCCGACCCUGUCACGGCCCGGGAGGUCCUGACUUCGCCUCACUUCGCCGACCGCCCGCUCAAGCAGUCUGCCCGGGCCCUCAUGUUCGGUCGUGCUAUAGGGUUUGCCCCCAGCGGGACGUACUGGCGGCUCCUGAGGCGGAUCGCCGCCUCCCACCUCUUCUCCCCAAGGCGUAUCUCUGCCCACGAACCGGGCCGCCGGCUGGACUGCGCCAAAAUGAUCCGGGACAUCUCGAGCGAGCAAGCCACACUCGGCCACGUGUCUCUCAGGCGGCACCUCCAGCUGGCGGCGCUGAACAACAUCAUGGGAAGCGUGUUCGGGAAGCGGUAUGAUCCGGCACGGGACGGGGCAGAACUCGAUGAGCUCACAGGGAUGGUGAGGGAAGGUUUUGAGCUGCUUGGCGCAUUUAACUGGUCGGACUACUUGCCGUGGCUGAGUUACAUAUACGACCCGCAUCGCAUAACUGAGCGAUGUUCCAAGCUUGUUCCGCGUGUUAGAAAUUUCGUAAGUUCGAUCAUCGAAGAGCACCGGGCUCGUGGGUCAGAGAAGAAGUUAUCGGACGGCUCUGAUUUCGUCGAUGUUCUGCUUUCACUCGACGGUGAUGAGAAGCUCCAUGAGGACGACAUGAUCGCCGUCUUAUGGGAGAUGAUAUUCAGAGGAACCGAUACUACGGCUCUAUUAACUGAGUGGGUCAUGGCCGAGUUGGUCUUACACCCGGAGGUUCAGCGCCGGCUUCAGUCUGAGCUCGGCUGCGCCGACCUUGGAAAUCGUGCCCUGACCGACUCUGACGUGGCAAGGCUCCCUUACCUGCAGGCAGUGGUCAAGGAAGCGCUCAGAGUCCACCCCCCGGGCCCACUCCUCUCCUGGGCCCGCCUCUCCACGUCAGACGUCCACCUCAGCAACGGCAUGGUGGUCCCCGCCAACACCACUGCCAUGGUCAACAUGUGGGCCAUCACCCACGACCCCGCUGUGUGGCCUGACCCUCUCGAGUUCAGGCCCGACAGGUUCAUUGAUGCUGACGUGGAUGUCCGUGGUAGGGACCUGAGGGUCGCUCCUUUCGGGGCGGGCCGGCGCGUCUGCCCAGGGAAGAACCUAGGCCUCGUGACUGUGACCCGGUGGGUUGCGGAGCUGGUGCGCCAUUUUGAAUGGGUCACGGAGCCGAAUCACGGGGUCAACCUGUCUGAAGUUUUGAAGCUGUCGUGCGAGAUGAAGCACCCCUUGCACGCGAUUGCCUUGGCGAGAAACGGAGUUCCGUCCUAGAAGUGAAGGAUGUGCCUUAACCAUUAGGAAUAUAUUAUGUAUUAUAGAGGAGACUGUUUUUGCUUCACUUAAUUAUUAGGGUUUGAUCAAUGCUGAGCUUCCAUUAUCCUCUUAAGUUUGAUAUAUUAGGACUAGGUUAAUAUUAUGUUA